AUGGGUAAACCAGAGAAACCUCUUCCUUUUUCAUACUUCUUCCUCGCUGGCGGCUUGGCGGGAACUACUGAGAUCCUUGUCAUGUAUCCUCUUGAUGUCGUAAAGACACGUUUUCAACUACAAGUAGGUACGGGAGGAUACACAUCUAUUGUAGACUGUUUCCAGAAGAUUAUAAAAAACGAAGGAUUCAGCCGAUUAUAUAGAGGCAUUCUUCCUCCUAUUCUCGUUGAGGCUCCCAAACGUGCGAUCAAAUUUGCGGCCAAUGAACAAUAUUCAAAAUUGUUCAAAUCCAUCUACAAGACAGACAAGAUGACACAGAAAAUGUCCAUCAUGAGCGGCGUGUCUGCUGGAUGUACAGAGGCGUUCGUAGUUGUACCCGCAGAGUUGGUGAAGAUUAGAUUACAAGACAAGGCUAAUGCUGGAAAGUAUACAGGCACGAUGGAUGCAUUUCUAAAGAUAGUCAGACAAGAAGGACUUUUUGCGUUAUAUAAUGGAUUAGAAGCGACAAUAUGGCGUCAUGCAACAUGGAAUGGUGGAUAUUUUGGAGUUAUUCAUACGAUAAGGAAAGCUCUUCCUAAAGCAGAAGCAAGUAUUCUACUUAUUACAAAGAAAGGCACGCUAUUCAAUAACUUUGUUGCAGGCGCAAUAGGAGGCACAGUUGGUACCAUUAUCAAUACACCGUUCGACGUUGUAAAGACGCGUAUUCAAGGAGAUUCAGGUCCAUACAAGAAAUACAAUUGGACACUUCCAGCGGUAAAGAUAGUUUACCAGGAAGAAGGAUUUGGCGCCUUAUAUAAAGGCUUUGUUCCAAAGGUUCUUCGUCUCGGUCCAGGAGGAGGUAUUCUACUGGUUGUCUUUGAUACUGUUACUACUUGGAUGCGAAAACAUUUAAUGUGA